GAUUGCAGAAAAGCUGAAGUCGAAGUGUCAGCUUUACCACUGCUCUGGCACAUGACAUUGAGCAAGUUCAUCUCAACGCUUGCUUUCUCCAUCAUCAUCAGUGGGAUGAUCACAUUGACCUUCACAAGGUCUGCUGAGAUCUGCUGAUGAAAAUUACUGGCAGCAGCAGCGAGGAAAAUAAGCGGAGGGGCAGAGAGAUAAGAGAAGACGGAGGAGAUGGGAUAUCCAUAACUGAAUUGUGCUUUAUGACCAAGGAAAGGAGCCCAACAACUCGCCUGAAAGGGUGAGUUAUCAUCGAACCAGAGGAGAAUUUCCCCCUUAAAGCCGCUGCAAGAAAGGAACUCUCUAAAAGCUGGUUGUGCUUCGGGCUGCUCUCCUGCUCUCUCUGUCCUGUUCUAGGCUUAGUGGGUGAUGUCACAGCAGCUCUAACCCCCAGGCCCCGGUACCUCUGUAGUUAACAGGCAGGAGCGUUGCCAGCAGCCAUGGAUGACUAUGAUAUCAGGUCUGCUGCCAGCAUUUUGGCGUCGGUUAAGGAGCAGGAGGCUCGCUUCGAGCGGCUCACCCGCGCGCUGGAGGAGGAGCGGCGCAAUGUGUCCCUGCAGCUGGAGCGCGCCAGCCAGCCCGCAGACAGAGUCAGCAUCUGCAACAUUGGCAAUGGCCAGCCCCUGGCGACCGCCUGGCAGCAGCUCGUCCUGCAGAUGAAGGACCUAGCUUGUGCUUCUGACUCCCAUGUGCAUGAACAAAGCCCCAGUAACCAGACCUCGAUAGCAAUGAUGCAAGAACCUCAAGAAAUGGUGGAAGAGACAGUUACUGUGGAGGAAGACCCAGGCACUCCCACUUCCCACGUGUCUAUUGUCACCUCUGAGGAUGGAACCACAAGGAGAACAGAAACCAAGGUUACCAAAAUGGUCAAGACGGUGACCACCAGGACGGUGCGCCAGGUGCCGCUGGGGCCGGACGGGCUGCCCGCCAUGGACGGCUCGUCCCCCAUGGGCAGCUACACGGACUCCAUCGACAGGAGGUUCCUGAAGAACGGCGAGCGCUACAUCACCCCCCAGGCGUCCUCCACGCUCACCAGGUCCUACAACAGCUACAACGACUCCUACCCCGAGAGCCACGAGGGCCAGUACCGCCCGUACCUGGGCCACGACGGCUACGGGGAGCUGUCCGACGGCUACGGCAGCCUGUCCCGCGGCGUGGGCUACCGGCCCCGCUACGCCUUCGUGCCGGGCAGCGCCUACCGGCCCGACGACGGCAGCUUCACCCUGCCCAGCAGGAGGGACAACUACGCCCCCGUGGCACAGCCCCAGGUGCCCGUGGGCAGCAGCGCUGACCUGAACCGCUCCCAGCCGGAGCGCUUCCAGCCAGAGCCCUACGGGCUGGAGGACGACAACCGCAGCCUGGGAGUGGACGAUGAGGGCUAUGAGCUGGACCCCGACUACUCCACCAUGAACAGGAGGACGUCUGCAGCUGUGCCAGAGAGAGGGAGACCUCACAAGGGAAGGGGCUACGACGACCCCAUGGAGAGCGAGGUGGUGGAGGAGAGGAUCCCGUACCUGCACGGCGGCUACGCGGCCCCGCUGGCCCAGCCCGAGAGGGGCAGCAUGGCCAGCAUCGACCGCCUGGGGAAGCGCUCGCCCUCCAUCGACAGCAUCCGCAAGGACCCGCGCUGGAGGGACCCCGACCUGCCCGAGGUCAUCGCCAUGCUCAGCCACCCCAUCGACCCCGUCAAGUCCAACGCCGCGGCCUACCUGCAGCACCUGUGCUACGAGAACGACAAGAUCAAGAAGGACGUGAGGCACCUCAAGGGGAUCCCCAUCCUGGUGGGCCUGCUGGAUCACCCCAAGCCCGAGGUCCAUCGCAAGGCCUGCGGGGCCCUCCGGAACAUCUCCUACGGGAAGGACAACGAGAACAAGGUGGCCAUAAAGAACUGCGAUGGCAUCCCCGCGCUCAUCAGACUGCUGCGGAAAACAAACGACAUGGAGGUCAGAGAGCUGAUUACAGGCACCCUGUGGAACUUGUCCUCCUAUGAGCCCCUGAAGAUGGUGAUCAUCAACCACGGGCUGCAGACGCUGACCAACGAGGUGAUCAUCCCGCACUCGGGCUGGGAGAGCGAGCCCAACGAGGACUCCAAGCCUCGGGACGCCGAGUGGACCACGGUGUUCAAGAACACCUCUGGCUGCCUCCGGAAUGUGAGUUCAGAUGGAGCAGAAGCACGCAGAAGGCUGAGGGAGUGUGAUGGCUUGGUGGACGCCCUCCUUCACGCUUUACAGUCUGCGGUUGGCAAGAAGGACACAGACAAUAAGUCUGUGGAGAACUGUGUGUGCAUCAUGAGGAACCUUUCCUAUCACGUCCACAAAGAGGUCCCCGGAGCUGAUAAGUACCAAGAACUUGAUGCUGGGCAGAGCACAGGCACAGGAGGCUCUCAGAAGAAGAAGAAAGAUGAUGCUGGUUGUUUUGGUGGAAAAAAAGCUAAAGAGGAGUGGUUCAAUCAAGGAAAGAAGAAUGGAGAUCUGGACAGGAAUUUUGAUACACUUGAUUUGCCUAAGCGAGCUGAAGCAGCCAAAGGCUUUGAGUUACUGUACCAGCCAGAUGUGGUCAGGCUGUACCUCUCCAUCCUCACUGAGAGCCAGAACUUCAACACUCUGGAAGCUGCAGCAGGAGCUUUGCAGAACCUCAGUGCUGGCAACUGGACGUGGUCCACGUACAUCCGUGCCACGGUGCGGAAGGAGCGGGGGCUGCCGGUGCUGGUGGAGCUGCUCCAGUCCGACUCGGACAAGGUGGUGAGGGCUGUGUCCAUUGCCCUGAGAAACCUCUCCAUGGAUCGGCGCAACAAGGACCUCAUAGGUAGUUAUGCCAUGGGUGAGCUGGUAAGGAAUUUGCCCAGCAGGCAGCAGAGAUCUGCAAAGAACCUGGAAGAGGAUACAGUGGUGGCAGUGUUGAAUACCAUCCAUGAAAUCAUUACUGACAGCUCAGAAAAUGCAAGGUCCCUGAUCCAGACCCAGGGCAUUCAGAAGCUGGUAGCUAUCAGCAAGUCCAGCCAAUCUGCCAGAGAAACAAAAGCAGCAUCUCACAUUCUUCAGAUGAUCUGGAGCUACAAAGAGCUACGAAGUGCCCUGCAGAAGGAUGGGUGGAACAAGUCCCACUUUCAGUCCGUGUCUGCGGCUCCGAAGGGCUCCAAGGCUCCUGCUGGCAGGUCUGGCUAUGAUGACAGCACGUUGCCUCUGGUGGAUAAAAGUCAAGAUAAUGAGAAGUCUGGGAGUCGUGAUAUGAUACCUAUGGAUGAACUCGGCCCAGAUGGAUAUUCCACCAUCGACCACCGCGACAAGGAGCGCAAGUACAAGAGCAGCGAUCACCAGGGCGACGCCUCGGAGAAGGAGCCCUUGAAAAAUGACACAAAUAGGAAAAACAUUAACAGGAGUAACAGGGCUUCGGUGAAUCUGGUGGAUGCCCGUGACAUUAAACCCCAGCCUGUUGACUCCUGGGUCUAAUUUGCAUGCAUGGGCUAAAGUCCAACCACGUUUUUUUUAAUUGAGGGGGAGAAACAAACAUUGAAUCGACACAGGAUCUCAUCAGUCACCACUGCCAUUCAGACUCGGAGGGCGCUGCAUCCCUGACGGGCUGCGGGCUCUGCAGGUGCAGGAGGGUGUGGGAGAACCCCCUGCCAUGGCCCGGAGCGCUGGA